AUGGUGCCUGGGCACAGCCCUGGCACGGCGAGGGACGGGGACGCGGUGGUGGCUCCUGGAUGGGGCUGCCCUGCCAUGGGGACACUGGGGGGCCGGGGGCCGCGGGCGGCGCUGCCGCCCCCCGAUCUCGUUGUCACCCGCGGCGCCCCCGGGACGGGAGCGCGGCGCCACCGCCCCGACGGGAGACGGGCGAGGACCCGAACCCCCCGGCCCGAGGGCCGCACUUACCUGAGCGACCAUCGCUGCCUCGGCUCCGGGCGGCCCGACGGGGGGGUCCCCGCGGGCUGGGGGCACGGACGGGCACGGACGGACACGGACGGACACCGGACCCCCCCCCGGCACCCCGCACAUCCCCGGGGGGGCCCGCCGCGCCCGCGGCCCCGGCGCUCGCACAAGUGGCGGGGAGCGGCGGCGGCGGCGGCCUUAGCCCGGCCGGGGGACCCCCCCUGCGGCUCCCAAUUGGCCCAGGUGCCCCGGAAGGUGGAGCCGGGCCCGGGGCGGGGAGGGGGGGACGGGCUCACCUUGGGCCGCCCCCCCUGCCCCGCUCCCCACCCCCGGGGCCGCCCCGCCGGGGCAGCGGCGCUGUCCGAGCCCCCGCUCCGCCCCGGGGGCGAUGCCGGGACCCCCCCGGGCUGGGAGCGGAGCGGGGGCUCCGAGCGGGCGGAGCCGCCCCCGCUCCAUCCCGCGCUGCCCGCGCUCCGCGGGGCGGAGGCGGCGCCCGCCCAUCCCCGAGCCCGGGGCGGCUCCGUCCCGGCGGGCAGGGCCCGGGCACGGCUGAGCCCCGGCCGGCGCUUCCUUCCCUUGGGGGGGCAUUUUUAUAGCCGGGGCCGGCCCGCCCCGGGGCCGCCGUCGGGGCCGCUCACCGGCUGUCGGACACCGGAGCCGCGCACCUGA